AUGAUAUUUGCUUCUCUGGCCACAUGGAUAGGCAUUAAGAAGUAUCUAAAGUACUUUUGGACAUCAAAGGGUGUAUCUUAUGUUGCUGGACCUCCACUAGUUGGUGUGAUUUCCAAUGUUCUCCUCAAUAAGACAAGUUUCUCACAACUCUUUUUGGAUUUGUACAAUCAUCCAAAGACAAAGAAGGAUGCAGUUACGGGUUUUUAUUUUUUCCACAAAGCAUGUUUGCUAGUACGUCAUCCGAAACUUUUUAAGAGGAUCCUUGUUAAGGAUUUUAAUCAAUUUCCCGACAGGAGGAUGUCUUCUGAUCCCAAAAGUGAUCCAAUUGGCAUGAAUACUUUGGUUAAUGUAAAAGGUGAUACAUGGAGGAAUAUCCGUAAUCAUAUUACACCCGUUUUUACAGUGCACAAAAUUAAGAAUUUCUUUCCGCUUCUAAUUGAUGUCUGUGUGGAUCUUGAGGCAAAAUUAUCCGAAGAAAUUCCCCAAGGAAGCAGCAAAGAGAUUAAUCUCAAAGAAUUAGCAGGUCUCUACACAGUGGAAACAAUUGCAUCGUGUGCUUUUGGUGUGAAGCCCAAUUGCUUCCAGAAUCCCAAUGCGGAUUUUCUGAAGAAAGCACAACGAGUCGUGGAUCCAGGGGAUAUGUGGCGUGUUAUUGAGCUUGGGGCGUGUUUCUUUUUCCCGGAAUUUGCAAGUGUUUUUGGACUAAAAUUUUAUUCAAAAGAAACUGAUGAAUUUCUCAGGACUGCAAUUUUGGAUGUAAUGCAAGAACGGGAGAAGAGUGGGGAGAAGCGACAUGAUUUAAUUGAUGCUCUUAUCACAAUGAAGAACACUCAAAAGGAAAUUUUUCAUAUGGAUGCUUUAAUUGCACAAGCAGCUGUUUUUCUAGCUGCUGGCUAUGAAACAUCCUCAUCUGUACUCUCCUUUGCACUCUAUGAAUUGGCAAGGCAUCAGGAUUUGCAGGAGAAGCUGAGGAAUGAGUUGUUGGAGCAUCGGGAGCACGGAGAAAUGAGCUAUGAGAGUUUCAACAAUUUACAAUAUCUCCAUAUGGUUUUUCAAGAGACUCUUCGUCUGUAUCCGAGUAUUCCUUUUCUCGAACGUACGUGUCAGCCAGCUGAUGGGAAAGCAUCAUAUUCCCUCGAACCCUAUCAUAAAUUUUCAAUUCCACGUGGUAUGCCAAUCUACAUACCUGCAAUUGCUGUGCAAAGAGAUCCAAACUUCUUCCCUGACCCACUGACAUUUAGUCCAGAACGUUUUGCUCCGGAUGCUGAACCACGCAUUGAUCAUAAUCUCCUUUUGGGCUUCGGGCAGGGUCCAAGGAAUUGCCUAGGAUCCCGGUUUGGAACAUUACAAGUUAAAAUGGCUCUUGCGACGAUUAUACCAAAGUACCAAGUGGAAUUCUGCAGUAGAACACCCCACAAUAUUGUCUUCAACAAAAAGAGCGUACCAAUGUUUUCUGAGGAGCCAAUAUUCUUGAGUUUUGUUGAAAUUUAA